CUUAAUACCUAGACUGGAAGUAUAGACAAGUCAUUUUUGAGGUAAAGUUAUCAACUCGAGAGUCCCAAAGAUAAGGAAAGAUGAAGUCUUUGCUGUUUUUUGCCUUGGUUUUCCAAGCUCUUUAUGCAUUCAGUUCUGCUGCGAUUCCCAGCUUGUGUUCGGAGAAACCUGAAUCAGGGAUUUGUAUGGCUUAUUUCCCGAGAUACUUCUACAACUCCACGUCAGGGGAGUGCGAACAUUUCGUUUAUGGUGGUUGCCAAGGAAAUGAAAACAACUUUCAAACCCUUAACGAAUGCGAGCAAACCUGCACAGAUAUCUGCUUACUUCCCAAAGAACCAGGCUUAUGUUUGGGUUACUUCCAAAACUAUUACUACAACGCUGAAUCUGGAUCAUGCGAAAUGUUCGUGUACGGAGGCUGUAUGGGAAACAGAAACAACUUUGAAACUCUCGAGGACUGCGAAACUCACUGCCCGUGACAUUGACAUGUUUAACGGACUUGUCCUAUGUAUAACCAGGUCAAAGCCAAGGAAACGAAAAAAACCCCAAUAUAGACUGAUGAUUAGUGUUGAUUUUUUGAAAAUGUUGUUAGCCAUUUACUUUCUUAGGUUUCAUAAGCUAGAAAUAUCGCAGUUUUUAUUGUUCAAUCAAUCGAAAUAAAGAGGUCACAAAU